AUGUCGAAAAAGCCCGAACCAAGCUCCGUACGCGUCCGAUUAUCCACCCACGCCGGUUCUUGGUACUCGCAUGACGAACAUGAACUCAAUGACGAACUCACAGGCUGGUUAAGUGCAGCACAAGACGACAAGACGCAGCAAAAACAGCCAAGUAUCCGUGCAAUCAUCGGACCUCAUGCAGGUUUCCGAUACUCGGGCCCUACAGCUGCGUACGCGUACCAUCAAUUAUUGAAUUUGGAUCGUAUUAAGCGUGUAUUUAUCCUUGGACCAUCACAUCACUUCUAUCUACGUGGAUGUGCUGUAUCGACUGCUCAUGAAUAUGAAACACCAUUAGGCAACAUUAUAAUUGAUCGUCAAGUUAAUGAGAAACUUGUGGAUUCGGGAAAAUUUGCGACCAUGUCGAUGGAUGUUGAUGAGGAUGAACACAGCAUCGAAAUGCAUCUUCCGUUCAUUUAUAAGGUGAUGAAUGGCCGUAAAUUCACAGCGAUCCCGAUCUUGGUUGGUAAUACCAAGAGUAAAUUGGACGAGGAAUACGGAAAAAUUUUAGCUCCCUAUCUGGAGAAUGACGAAAACCUGUUCGUGAUCAGCUCUGACUUUUGCCAUUGGGGCCCACGAUUUCGGUACCAGCCGCAUGACUCUACGUACGGCGAGAUCCAUGAAUACAUCAAAUAUUUAGAUCAUCAAGGCAUGGGUUUCAUUGAGCGCUUGGACGCUGAAGGGUUUACCAAGUACCUGGAUGAAACACACAAUACGAUAUGUGGUCGUCACCCGAUUUCGUUGCUGUUGCACAGCAUCUUAGCCUCACAAAAGCUGAAGUGCAGACUAAAGUUUGUCAAGUAUGCGCAGAGCAGCGCAUGCAUGCGUCGCGGCGACUCUUCCGUGAGCUACGCCUCUGCCAUCGUCUACAGCGAACCGUAA